AUGGCAUCGCUUGUACUUCUUCCUGCUAACGCUCACAAGCGCGAGAGGUCACGAUCUCCCCGCAGACGUUCAAGAAGCGCUGAAAGGACACAUCGACGCCGCUCCUACUCCCCCCGCAGCCGAUCAGGAAGCCGGGACGAUUAUCGACGAAACCGUGAUCGUUCGCCCAUGACUAGUACAGGUGCACCAGGCGGAGGACCAAGUGCAGGAUACGGUGCACAGGCCCCUCAACGAUCAUACGAAGAACGAGCCGUCGCCCGAGAACAAAUGAUGAACAACAUUCGCGAAUCCUCCCAACAGGACCGCCGAGUCUACGUCGGCAAUCUCUCGUACGAUGUCAAGUGGCACCAUCUCAAGGACUUCAUGAGACAGGCUGGAGAGGUGCUCUUUGCCGACGUGCUCUUGCUUCCCAAUGGAAUGUCGAAGGGAUGCGGAAUUGUGGAAUAUGCUACACGGGAGCAAGCCCAAGCGGCUGUUGCCCAGCUGAGCAACCAGAAUCUCAUGGGUCGCCUAGUCUACGUGCGUGAGGACCGUGAAGCUGAGCCUCGGUUCAUCGGAGCUACUGGCGGAAACCGCGGUGGCUUUGCAGGUGGCGCAGGCGGCAUGCCUGGCCAUUUCAACCCUGGAUAUGGUGGUGGCCCCCCCGGCGGCGGUGCUGGUGGUGGCGGCCGUCAGAUUUAUGUGGCCAACCUUCCAUUCAACAUUGGCUGGCAGGAUCUAAAGGACUUGUUCCGCCAAGCUGCUCGAAAUGGCACUGUUAUUCGAGCCGAUGUCCAUGUCGGCCCUGAUGGUCGCCCCAAAGGAUCAGGUAUUGUCGUCUUUGAGAGCCCCGAUGAUGCUCGCACCGCUAUCCAGCAGUUCAACGGCUAUGACUGGCAAGGCCGCGUGAUCGAGGUCCGCGAGGAUCGCUACGCCGGCGGCGGCCCUGGCAUGGGCUUCGGUGGCCGAGGUGGCUUUGGCGGUGGCGGUAUGCGCGGAGGAUUUGGCCAAGGAUUCGGUGGCCGAGGUGGCUUCGGAGGAGGACGCGGAGGAUUUGGUGGAGGCUUUGGAGGCCGUGGAGGCUUCGGUGGAGGUGCGCCUGCCGGCCCCGGUUUCGAGCCCCCUGCCAGCUCCAUCCCUCCCAACCCCUUCACUGACUUUGCUACCGCUGGCACCGACAGAGGCGAGAUCAUCUACGUCCGCAAUUUGCCCUGGUCCACCAGCAACGAUGAUCUGGUUGAGCUGUUCACCACCAUUGGAAAGGUUGAGCAAGCUGAGAUCCAGUACGAGCCGAGUGGUCGUUCCCGUGGUACUGGCGUGGUUCGCUUCGACUCCGCCGACACCGCUGAGACAGCCAUUUCUAAGUUCCAGGGUUACCAAUACGGCGGCCGUCCUCUUAACCUGAGCUUUGUCAAGUAUCUAAACCAAGGUGGAAACGACGUUAUGGAUACUGAUCCUCAUGACGGUUUGACCCAGGACCAGAUCAUGUAA